CCUCAUUGCAAGUCGCGCAGCAAACACCUUAAGUUUUCCUAUAUCUAAGAAUAUCGGUUAUUGGAUAUUUUACUUUGACUACGGAUAUGCAGAAAAGAAACACAAGAUAUCCCUUGAUCUCCUGACUGCGAAUAGACCGUCGAUACGUCACGUCACUAGAAUCAUUUUAAACCGGUUAUAGCACAAAAAGCACAUCAUGGAUGAGCUAGUGAGGUUUCUUCCAAGUGCAAAGUGGCGAGAAAGCGGCCAACACACUUCUAUAUGCGAUGAUAACGAGAACCUCAAACCCAUAUUAGUCAAAUGCGCGUCGGAAAUACCUCUUUCUUUAGAGGACUUCGGCCUACAGGUUCGGAAAACAACAGGAAAUACCAGAAUACUGGAAAAAGCGGCCUAUAUAAUACCGGUGUACAUUAUCGAAGGCACACCUCGAAUCCUAGACGGUCCCUACCUUAUUCCUGGAUCAGAUCCCUUCUACUUUGAAAAACAGGUUAUUUUAUCUGGCUCUCUUUACUACAUCCUCGCAAAGCCCCCCACGGCCAAACUCACCGAAAAUAGCACUGCGUCUUGAAAGGGUACGACAGAGUCAGGAUCAUAAAAAGAUGUACAAAAGGAUGUAUUACGUUAAUGUAACUAACGCCAACCUGCUACAUAAUGUCAUGUUGAGAGCGUUGCAAGUGUGGAAUUGUUCAACGUGCUCGAUCCAGAUGCAGCCGGAGGAUAUCCAGUAUGAUCAUUCGACCAGUAGUACUCUCGUCAGCACGACGGAGAAAAAGCCAGGGGUCAGCUGAAGCGAUGAUAUCGUCUACCGAAAGGGUGGGUUCGAAAGAAUUAUCAGUAACAUCAGCCCUACUCCUGCUACUCGGCUCCGUGGGGAGGAAGAGCCAGGGGUCGGCUGAAGCAGAUAUAUCCUCGAAAGAAGUGAGCUCCAAACCAAGAGACGUUCCGGUGGGUGCGUCUGACGAUGUUGAUGUGACUGACUGGAGGUUGGCUCGUGGUUCAUCGGUUCCCUGAGGAUUGGGAUUCACUGUUUGAGAUAACGUGGUGCCUCCCUCAUAGUAAUUCAGGAUUGCAAUCCAAGCCUUGUGCAAAGUAUCUCGAAUCGCAAAUUGGGGCAAUGUUUCAGUGUAUGCAUUCAAUGCUUCAAUCUUGAUAUGACUCCAUUUGUGAAGCUCGAACCU